AUGGCCGUGCUCUCUACGCUCCGUCCGUCGCCCGAACGGCUCGCGGCGCUCGUAUCGGCCUACUCUCGACACCGUCCGGCCAUCCAACGCGGUCUCACAGCCAGCUUCGUCUUAUACGUCUUCGGCACCACCAUAACAUCCUUCACAUCCAAGCCCUCUUCUGGCUCUCCCCGACCAAAUACAGGACGCAGCACCGGCGGUAAAGGGAAGGGGAAAGAUGGGGGUGGGGACGGAAAGGCGCCCAAGGUUGCAGUAGACGCGGUGUUCUAUGAGAGGUUGUCGAGGAUAUUGAGGAUUGUGAUUCCGAGGUUGAGGAGUAAAGAGGCGAUGCUGCUUGUUAUGCAUUCCAGCUUGCUCAUCUUCCGGACGGCUAUUUCGCUUUAUGUCGCUGCUUUGGACGGAAAGAUCGUAGCGUCACUUGUACGCGCGCAAGCCGUGCCGUUCAUGCUCAACAUCUUGCGAUGGUUGCUCGUGGCUAUUCCCGCGACGUGGACCAACUCGUGGUUGAGCUAUGUCCAAAACAAGCUGGCCAUUGCUUACCGCACGCGUCUCACGGACGUCGUGCUGGGUCAGUACCUUGGAGACGAGAACGACCCGAGUGAUAAAGUGUACUACAAGCUCGCGAACUUGGACGACCGAGUAGUCAAUGCAGAUCAAAUGAUCACAGUCGACAUCCAACGCUUCUCGAACCACCUCGCCGCCAUCUACGCAAACCUCGCAAAGCCCAUUCUGGACGUCUGCUUGUACAACUACCAACUAGCGCAAAACGUCGGCGCAGAGGGCCUCGUAGUCCUCACAGUCCUCGUCCAGCUCUCCGCCGUACUCCUGCGCAAGCUCACGCCGCCCUUCGGCGCCUACACCGCCCUCUCCGCGCACCUCGCCGGCCAGCUCCGCCACACACACGCCCGCCUCUCCGAAUUCAGCGAAGAGAUAGCCUUCUUCGGCGGCGAAGAGGCCGAGAAGAUGCGUCUCGAGCGCGAGUUCGCGGCGCUGCAGGCGCACGAGGAUCAGGUGCUGGGCGCGCGGUGGUGGCACGGGUGUGUCGAGGAGGGGAUCGUGAAGUGGCUGUGGGGAAGCUUUGGGCUGAUGCUUUGUGCUAUUCCGGUGUUCUUUAGGAUUCCGGGGGUUAGGGCUGGGGAUAUGGGCGCUAGGACUGAGGGCUUCGUGACCAACAGAAGGUUGCUGCUGUCCGCAUCCGACGCGUUCGGACGCGUCAUGUACAGCUAUAAGGAUCUGGCAGAGCUCGCGGGGUACACAGCGCGCGUCGCAACGUUGCUCGAGGCAAUGGGCGAUGUUAAAACUGGCAAAUUCGAAAAGGCGCUCGCGACGAGCGCUAAGAGCCCCGAGAACAUGCGAAUCCUCAGCGGCCAAGGCAACGUAAUCGAGUCCGAAGACAUCCGCUUCGACCGCGUGCCCAUCGUGACGCCCAACGGCGAAGUCCUGGUCAAAUCCCUCUCCUUCCACAUCAAGCACGGCCAGCACCUCCUAAUAGUCGGCCCCAACGGCUGCGGCAAGUCCUCCCUCUUCCGCAUUCUCGGCGGCCUCUGGCCCGUCUACGGCGGCACCGUGCACAAGCCGCCUCCUUCACAGUUCGUGCUGAUACCGCAGCGGCCGUAUUUGCCGUUGGGGACGCUGAGGGAUCAGAUCAUUUAUCCGCAUAGUGUUGAUGAUAUGCGCAAGAGGGGGGUAAGGGAUGAGGAUCUGAUGAGGAUUUUGGAGGUGGUGAGGAUGGAGGGCGUUGUGGAACGCGAGGGCGGGUGGGAUGUGGCGAGGGAGUGGAGGGACGCGUUGAGUGGGGGCGAUAAGCAGAAGAUUGCGUGGGCGAGGUUGUUUUAUCAUCAGCCCAGGUAUGCGGUUCUUGACGAGGCGACGUCGCUUGUUCCGGUCGAGAUCGAGGGUCUGAUGAUGGACCGCGCGACGGAGCUCGGGAUCACGCUGCUCACUGUCUCGCACCGACCGAGUUUGUGGAAGUAUCACCAUAUGAUCCUGCACUAUGACGGUCAGGGUGGAUACGUCUUCACGAAGCUCGACGCGGAGAAACGUCUCGCCCUGCAAGAAGAGAAACAAGCGCUCGAGACGAAGCUGCUUGAAGUGCCGAAGAUGAAGGCGAGGUUAGCAGAGCUCAUGGAACUAGACGAGGAAGAGGACAUCUUCGAGGAGGUUCUGGAGGAAGGUCCUGCGGCGUAG